GAAGGUUUGAACUUUGAUCACUGAAUUGAGGUGUUGCCAAUUGAACUUCAUUGGUACUGGUAGAAUAUGGCAGAUGAGAAGAAACAAAACCUGGAAAACAAACCUGUGUUGUCUCAACCUCUACCCGAGAGGAAGAAAAACACCUCACCAAACUUCCUUUUAUCUGUUGAGCUCAAAUAUGUGAAACUUGGUUACCACUACUUGGUUUCCAAUGCCAUGUACCUCAUGCUCAUGCCAGUACUUUGCGUGAUUUUUGCUCAUCUUUCAACAUUCACAGUUGAUGAGCUUUGGAAUCAACUCAAAUUCAAUUUUGUGACAGUAGUUCUUUCCUCAACCUCAAUUGUUUUUACUGCUACACUCUACUUCAUGAGCCGUCCAAGAAAAGUUUACUUGGUGGAUUUUUCAUGUUACAAGCCCGGACCAGCUCAUAAAGUAUCUAGAGAACUCUUCAUGCAGUUAUCUGCAGCGACCGAGGUUUUCACAGAGCAAAGCUUAGCUUUUCAAAAGAAAAUCCUAGAGAAAUCAGGCUAUGGUGAAAUGACCUACGCUCCAAAAGGCUUGAUGCGUGUCCCGCCAGACCAGUCCAUGGCUGAAUCCUGGAGGGAAUCAGAGAUGGUGAUGUUCGGAGCAAUUGAUGAUCUCUUGGCCAAAACAAUGGUGAAGCCUAGAGACAUAGGAAUACUUGUGGUGAAUAGCAGUUUGUUCAAUCCCACGCCGUCUCUCUCAGCUAGAGUUGUGAAUCACUACAAGCUUAGAGGGAACAUUUUGAGCUAUAAUCUUGGUGGUAUGGGCUGCAGUGCAGGACUUAUUUCUAUUGAUCUUGCCAAAGACCUUUUACAGGUGCAUCCCAACUCCUAUGCCCUAGUGGUGAGCACCGAGAACAUUUCUCGCAACUGGUAUUUUGGCAAUGACCGAUCGAUGCUUGUCACCAACUGCCUCUUCCGUAUGGGAGCAGCCGCAGUCCUCCUAUCCAACCGGACAUUUGAUCGCCGUCGCUCAAAGUAUCAACUUAUCCGUACUGUACGUACACAUAAGGGUGCAGAUGAUAAGUCCUUCAACUGUGUCUUGCAACGAGAGGAUCUUGACACCCAAAGAGUUGGCGUCUCUCUCUCAAAAGACCUAAUGGCAAUAGCUGGAGAAGCCCUUGAAACGAAUAUAACCACUCUGGGCCCAUUAGUUCUUCCAGUCUCCGAACAACUUCUAUUCUUUGUAACCUUAGUUGCCAAAAAAAUCUUCAAGAUGAAGGUAAAACCAUAUAUUCCUGAUUUCAAGUUGGCAUUUGAGCACUUCUGCAUCCACGCUGGAGGAAGAGGUGUGUUGGAUGAGCUUGAGAAAAAUCUUGAGCUCACUGAAUGGCAUAUGGAGCCAUCAAGAAUGACUCUUUAUAGGUUUGGAAAUACCUCUAGCAGUUCUUUGUGGUAUGAAUUGGCGUACUCCGAGGCCAAGGGAAGGAUCAAGAAGGGGGACAGAAUUUGGCAAAUAGGUUUUGGUUCAGGAUUUAAGUGCAACAGUGCCGUGUGGCGUGCUAUAAGAGCUAUCGAUCCGGCCAAAGAGAAGAAUCCUUGGAUGGAUGAGAUUGAUGACUUUCCAGUUCGUGUGCCUAGAGUGGCACCUCUUGUUUAUUAAAAACAAUAUCAUCUCGGAAAAAAGGUCACCGUCCAUCGUUAUUAUUAUUUCAAUCGGCAAUAUUAUGUUAUUAUCCGAAUGCAGGAGUAAUUAUUAACGUGAAAUAAAAAUGUUAUUUUCACAUCUCUUUUGGUGUAGAAAUAUAACAUUAUUGAAAUUGGUGUUAUAAUGUAAUGGUUCUAGCUAUAUGUUUUCAUGUUUCUUUGUGCA